AUGAAGGGCACUUCCUCCUUCUUCAGCCUUCUGGCCUUGGUUCGCUUUGUCGCUGGUGCUGCCGUGGAUUUCCAUGACGGUACACGCCUGGAGAGACGCGCCGAGGGUACCGCCGUCGUCAACCUUGCCCAGACCUCGGGUACUCCUCAGCACCUAGCUUCAGGCUUCAUCUACGGCCUUCCCGACAACGCCGAUGGCUCUGCUAGCACUGCUAUUCCGCAGGAGCUCGCAGUGGGCACUGGGUAUAUCUAUAACCGUGCCGGCGGAGCUCAACUUCCCUCUCCCAGUCUAGGCUACGCUUCUGGCCAGCUCACGGGCCGCCUGCGAUCCUUCUCUUCCAAUUACAAAACUGCAAGGAGUCACGGUGCCGGAUUUCAGCUGCUCGUUCACGACCUCUGGGGCGCUGACAGCGUCCAGGGAACCAUUCCUUGGCCUGGCGACAAUGGCAACUGGGCGUUUUUUGACACGUUCCUCACUCAGGUUAUUGCCUACAUCAAGACCAACAGCCUUCAAAGUGGUCUCGAGGUUGAUCUGUGGAACGAGCCCGAUGCUCCUCAAUUCUGGGGUGCUUCGUACGAACAGUAUCUGCAGACGUGGACACGCAUGUACCAGCGCUUCAAGUCUGAACUUCCCAACGUCCCCAUCUUAGGUCCAUCCAUCUCACAACCACCAACCGCGGGCAACGCUCGAUGGACUGCUUGGCUUGACCACGUCAAAUCGACCAACACUGUGCCAGACAAGUACACCUAUCACAUCCUCACCGCUACCGGCUCCGCCUACAUUCCCCGCAAUGCACAGGACGCCCUGAAGAGCAUGACCUCAGCCCGCGGCAUGGCCAUGAAGCCUGUCAGCGUCAAUGAGUACGGUGCCAUCGACGGUGGUGAUCAGACCAACUCAGCCAGUGCGUGGUACAUUGGCGCUUUUGAGCGUGAAGGCGUCUCCGGCCUACGUGCCCACUGGGGCAUGGGCGCGGCCAAUCUCCACAAUGGCAUGGCCGGCCUGGUCAACUUCUCGGGGAACAACUACUUCCGCGCUGCGCAGUGGUGGGUGUACAACUACUACACGCAUUCCAUGACGGGCAACCGCGUCGCGACCACGUCUUCGGGAGACCGUCUAUUCGAAGUCUACGCCACCCGCGGCAGCAGUGCCAAUUCGGUCAAGAUCCUGACCGGCCUCAAGUCAUCCGCUGGAGACCGGGUCUAUGAUGUGCGUGUCACUGGUCUCAGCGCCGUGGGCAUUUCUGGGACCGUGAAGAUCCGGACGCUCCGUUUCAACCACGUCGACUGGUGGCUCGAAGGUCCAGCGCCUACUGAUCUUGGUAUUGUUACGCACACCGUCACUAAUAAUGAAGUUACCUUUUUUGUCGAUCCGGACAAUCAGUACACCGCUUAUGCUUUCGAAUUUGUCAGUUAG